UCUAUCGCGGCGCUCUAUCGCACCGCUCUCUCGGGACUGAACCACCAUGAUCUCCAGGUUCAAAUCCCUCAACUGAGCCGUAUUGCGGGACGUGUAGGAAGCGGGCGUGCAUUGGAAACACCGACAGGGGCAAACUCCUCUGCGCAGCAAAAUUGCGGUUCUCUCCCUAGAAAGGCGUCCAACUUGGACAAGAAAUAUACGCCACUCCCGCGUAUUGUUUCACGCGUAAACAUGUCAUCAUCGGGCAAGGAGGCCAACAGCGGACAUUGUGCCAACUAUGUGGGACCUUACCGCUUGGAGAAGACGCUGGGAAAAGGACAAACAGGUCUUGUCAAGUUGGGCGUCCAUUGUGUCACAUGCCAGAAGGUUGCUAUAAAGAUAGUCAACAGAGAAAAACUCAGCGAGUCUGUUCUUAUGAAGGUCGAGCGGGAGAUUGCCAUUCUAAAACUCAUAGAACAUCCUCAUGUACUAAAGCUGCAUGAUGUCUACGAAAACAAGAAAUACCUGUACCUGGUGCUAGAGCAUGUGUCUGGCGGCGAGCUUUUUGACUACCUAGUGAAAAAGGGCAGGCUAACGCCAAAAGAAGCACGAAAAUUCUUCCGACAGAUCAUAUCAGCCCUGGACUUCUGUCACAGUUACUCCAUAUGCCACAGAGACUUAAAGCCAGAGAAUUUGUUAUUAGAUGAGAAGAACAACAUCAGGAUAGCAGACUUUGGCAUGGCGUCUCUGCAGGUCGGAGAGAGUCUCCUUGAGACCAGCUGUGGAUCACCACACUAUGCCUGCCCAGAGGUUAUCAGGGGGGAGAAGUAUGAUGGCCGGAAAGCAGAUGCAUGGAGCUGUGGCGUAAUACUGUUUGCACUUUUAGUGGGCGCUCUGCCUUUUGAUGAUGACAACUUGAGGAAUCUUUUGGAGAAGGUGAAACUUGGAGUUUUCCACAUGCCUCACUUCAUCCCUCCAGAAUGCCAGAAUCUUCUUCAGGGCAUGAUUGAAGUGGAUGCUUCCAAGAGACUGACGUUAGAGCAGAUCCAGAAGCAUACAUGGUACCUAGCUGGAAAGAAUGAGCCUGAGCCUGAACAGCCCCUCCCCAGAAAAGUAGCCAUCAGGAUGCUGGCUACAGCAGAAGAGAUCGACCCAGAUGUCCUGGAGAGUAUGCACUCUCUGGGCUGCUUCAGGGAUAAGGACAAGCUGACCAAAGACCUUCUCUCUGAUGAUGACAAUCAGGAAAAAAUGAUAUACUUCCUUCUGCUUGACCGCAAGGAAAGAUAUCCAAGUCACGAGGACCAGAACCUUCCUCCACGGAAUGACAUUGCAGACCCUCCCAGGAAGCGUGUGGACUCCCCCAUGCUGAGUCGUCAUGGGAAACGGAGACCAGAAAGGAAGUCGAUGGAGGUGCUUAGCGUCACAGAGGGAGGAUCCCCUGUCCCAGUACGGCGAGCCAUCGACAUGGCAAAUCAUGGUCAAAGGUCACGGUCGAUCAGUGGAGCAUCCUCCGGUCUGUCUAUCAGUCCGCUCAGCAGUCCGAGGCCCAACCGGCGUUUUUUCAUUCCACCCCAGUCCUCAGACCUGUGUCAGUCCCCCAACUGCAGCCCCACCCACUCCCUUGAGGUCCGCCUUAAUGGGGUGGGGCCUCGUACACCCAAUUCCUUCCAGCCUAGGAUGGGGUCUCCCCUUAUGCAUCCUCGCACCCAGACCCUCCCUGCCAAGCCCAAAGUGUCUGAGAAGCCUCUGCUGUCUACCAGAUCCAACCCACUCCCCAACACAAUCCAGACUGCCUCCACACCCAAGUCAGAGCCCUCCACACCCAUCCAGCCUUUAGCACCCUGCAUCCCCAACAGCCCCCGUGUGAGGCACCUCCCUCCCCUUAGUAUUCCCCCAAAGCUUUCCAUUCCUCUGUCUCCCGUCCCUCCUAUGUCACCCCUGCGCCGCCACCACCUACACCCUGACCACAAUGGCAAAUCUUUCCCCAACUCACAGGUUACCCCCCAUCCUUCCCCCAGAGGAAGCCCUCUCCCCACUCCCAAAGGCACCCCAGUGCACACACCAAAGGACAGCCCAACUGGGACACCUAGCCCAACACCUCCACCGAGCCCCUCAAUUGGGGGCAUGCCCUGGAGGACGCGCCUCAACUCCAUCAAGAACAGCUUCCUGGGAUCACCACGUUUUCAUCGCAGGAAAAUGCAAGUUCCCACACAGGAAGACAUGUCCAGUCUCACCCCAGACUCUUCUCCAGAACUUGCAAAAAAGUCCUGGUUUGGUAACUUCAUCAACCUGGAGAAGGAGGAGCAGAUCUUCAUCGUGAUCAAAGACAAACCUCUCAGCUCCAUAAAGGCAGACAUCGUCCAUGCUUUCCUCUCUAUCCCCAGUUUGAGCCACAGUGUCAUAUCCCAGACAAGUUUUCGAGCUGAGUACAAGUCCACAGCUGGUCCAACAGUUUUCCAGAAGCCUGUAAAGUUCCAAGUGGACAUCACCUACUCAGAGAGUGUCACUGCCACCAAGGAGAAUGGCAUCUACUCUGUCACCUUCACACUCCUCUCAGGUCCCAGCCGUCGUUUCAAGCGUGUGGUGGAGAUUAUUCAGGCCCAGUUGCUCAGCUCCAAUGACCAGCCCGGCAUACAGCCCCAGAUAUCUGGCAGCCCGUUGAGUAACUUCUUUGACGUAAUUAAACAGCUUUUUACAGACGACAAGAACACCCAAGCCUCCCACACCCCUGGUGCUCCCGUCGAGUCUAGCUCCCCUACCAAGCAUGCUUCUGGCGGCAGGCCCCACCAGUCCCCGCCCAAUGACUCGAAAUGCCCUGCUGGCAAAGACAAAACAAAGAUGGCCACCAGCAACAGGACACAGGAACAACUUUAAGGAACAGUAUCUGUGCAUGUCUAGAUUUUAAAAAAGGUGGUUAACAGGCCAGGAACAAGAUGGAGAGCUGCUCAUGUUGCCCUUUAGCUGGGACACACAAAUCAACAACUACAUAUUUGCCUCUGGAUUUUAUACAGCAUCAUGGAUAUAGCUAUUUAAUUUGAUUCAUAGUCAAUGUAUUGUAGCUUUGUUGGCUCAGCCAUCUGUCACGAGUUCUGCGGGGUGUUCACUGAUUUUGUUUGCUCCUCCCAUGUUUGAUAGCUUGACUUGUUUCUGCCACCAGGGAUCAUCCACAAUAACUAUUAACCUUGGCGCCUCCUUGAGACCGGCCUUCAUCACUGCGAGCGUCUGAUGAAAAGACUUGAGCACCAUCCCCUACUUCACUCCACUUUCCUCUCUUCAAGCCCUCUCCCAGUCCAUUUCACCAAACCACACCACACCACCCUCUACCUAGAACAGUUGUAAAAACAACAACAAAAAAAGCCUUAAGACAGUGAUGUUUGUCAAUUCACACACAUCUUGUACCUUAAUUUUGCUUCAGUUCCUUCCAUGUGUUUACCUACAUAAAUACACGCCUGUGUACAGUACACAUAACAUGCAGGAUGUAAUGACUUGCACAAGAUCAUAGAAAGGAAAGAGAGACAAAUGGAGAUUGACCAACUAUGCGGGCUUGGAUUCUUGAUUGAGUUCUCUUUUUUUUAUGAAUGACGGGAUUUUUAAAAAUUUUGUUGUUUGUUUAAAAUGUAGCCCCAAACUUGUGCAGGGCUCCGGAUGUUGCAUAUAUUAAUGAUCUUCUGUUGUACAGACUAAUGAUUGUUUAGUAGGCACAGAAACUGUUGUUGUGACGUGUUUUAGAUUUAUUUAGAAGUUCUCUCUAGUCAAGGCCUGGGCACAUCAGAAGCUUAAAAAAAAUAACAAUAAAGCAUUAAAUCCUAAAAUUACAAAAAAAUUGACAAAGAUGGUGGAUAAGGUGGAUGAGGGUAAAAAAGAUUAGUUUAAAAUAUUCUGUAUUCAAUCAGCUGUCAAAGUUUGCUACAAUUUACCAAUUGAUUUAUCUAUCUGGAUUUGCAUCCCCACUGCUGUUUUUAGAUUUCGGAUUUUCAACAUGAUCAUGCUAAAAUCACUAAUUAUAAAAAAAGUACAGAUUUUGAUGAUCGAUCAUGAGCAUUAAAUGAUGGGAUAUUUUGCAAACACUUUGUGGAAUGAGAAGGGAACUGUCAUGCAUUGUUUGUUUGUCUUGACCUGUUGGGACUGGGCCUCACUGAUGAGAUGUCACAUUUUUCUUUAGCACUUUUAAUGAGUGUACCACAACAUUUCAGCCCUACAUUUAAAUUAUUAUUAUUUUUAUGAUCUACUGCAAGCUUAAGACAACACUGAAUCAGUGUGUCUAUUUUUUUUACUUUAUUUUCAUUCUUAAUUUAUUUUCACUUAUUUAUAUGUAAUUUGAAGAAACAUUUUUUUUGUCAAAUGAUUUGCUUUAGCCAUAUUUAUUGGUUUAACUUAUUUGGUCACAGAGACCUUUGGUGGGGUUUCAUUUUUUUUUCCAUCAUUGGGUGAUAGAAACCAUGUAAUAUAUCUUCAGGGGAAAUCCUUUUCCGUAAAGUAAGAAUGUAGACGUAGCUCUUUGAAAGGAAGUAUCUCUUUAUUGCUAAUUGCCAGUGUGUGUGAUGACUCAGAUUUUAUCAACAGCUCAUCCUAUAGAUAGGACAGGUUUACUUACAAACUUGUUUAAACAUCGAGGAUGAUUACUUGUUACCUUUGACCUCCUGAGGCUGUUUGCAUGUUCAGCAUUUGUCUUUUCUUUGCAUGUCGUUAAAGGACUUGUUCUCCUGGUCCAGUUUCUCUUUCAGCUUAUUUAUGUUGUCAAUGUACCUUUGUUUUAUUUAUUCAUAGUUUAUCACUGUCCUUGAACCUUUUGAUUGACUGUGCAUACCGUUAGCACACAAUUCAUCUUCCCUACUUCUGUCUCUCCACAUGGGACCUUGCUGGUGACCAGGUGACACAGUCGGCUGAGUGGCCAUUUGUCUAAUCAGAGAGAUUUUUAAAGCAAUAUCUUUCAUUGUUCGCUUUCCUCCUUUUCUACAUUGGGAAUCCAGAGCACACCAAAUGGCAUAACUGAGUAGGAUCUCCACUGGCAAUGCUUUCCCUUGUGAUGUUACUGUGAACAACUUCA